AUGUCUCCUGCCCCAAGGCCUCCCGCCAACGGUUUUGUUACCUUUGUGCGUAAGAUCUUUAACCCACUCGGCUUCAAAAAGGGUUAUAACUUUACUCUCUUCUUUAUCACGGCCGGUGCCAUGGUGGGCUUCAUCCUCGCCCGCCUAAUGUUUUUCGACUUCAAAGGUAUAUUCUGUAAUCCAGAUUACAGAUCAGGGGCCCUCCCGGGAGAGUGCUACUACUACCAAUCCGGCACGGGGAGGAUUGGCAUCAUCAUGCAUCUAGCUGGUGUGUUGCCCGGUGGUUUCUUGGCCUGCCUCCAGUUCGUUCCCGUCAUCCGCCACAAGGCUAUCCUGUUCCACCGCCUCAACGGAUACCUCGUCCUUCUCCUCAGUAUCGUCGGCAUCAUUGGCGUCUUCAUGAUAGCGCGGCGUACCUUUGGGGGCGGUGUCAGCAUGCAGACGGCCGUGGGCGGAGGCAGCGUCAUGUUCCUUGGAGCGUUGGGGCUUGCUAUUUACAACGUCAAGAAACUCCAGAUCGAACAGCAUCGUGCCUGGAUGCUCAGGGCUUGGGUAUAUGCUGGUUUCAUCAUCACCAUGCGCAUCAUCAGUUUCUUGGCUGCUAGAGUCGUCGCCAAUACCGACCCAACCUACUACGAGGUGAAGCAGUGCGCGGUCUUGGACUUCAUCUUCCGCCACAACCAGACCAAGGUCCUCGGCUUCUACCCUGACUGUGGAGGCUUUUACUCUGGCGAGUAUCCUGGCUUGAACGUUCUUGUUCACGCCAACGUGGACGCCCACCAGCCUGCCGAGAUUGCGGCGGGAUUCGCAGCCGUAUUCGGUGCGGGCUCGUGGCUGGCUCUAGCCAUCCAUGCCAUUCUUGUUGAACUCUACCUUCACUUGACCCCAGCAGAAGCGGAACGCCUUCGUCGCAUAUCGUACCAACGCCAGCUCGAGGCGGGGAUGAAGAAUGCUGGCAGCGCUGGCUUGACAGCACAGCGACUGGGCGACGCAGAGCCGUGGAUACCGCCGAACGAACUUCGAAGGAUCGAAGAUAACAGCACACCAAGCUCUGAUGGCGAUAUGAGAGAAAAGCGCGUGAGCUCGCCUUAA